AUGGUUAAUUUAAACCUAAUAUUUGAAAAAUUGAUAGAUAAUAUUCAUGUAUUUGAUACAAAUUGUGAAGAAGUGGUUCCAAAACUUGUUGAUAUUUUUGAUCCAAAAAUUGUUAAACAAUCUUUGAAUCAAUUUGAUCAUGAAGAUAAUCCAUAUUUUUCAGAAA